CCGAGCCGAUAUUGGCCCCUUCCUCACUCUAACCCACUGUUUUCUUCCUGUCUUUUUGCAAUUUCAAAAUCUAUCUCUCGGACUCCACCGAUCUCUGUCACCAGAUAAAAUUUUCUUCAUAUAUUCUUAAUCUUUUUCCAAAAUCCGAAAGAACCGACCCUGUGACCUGAAAUGGCGGCGUAUAGAACAGACGAUGACUACGAUUAUUUGUUCAAACUAGUAUUGAUCGGAGAUUCGGGUGUUGGGAAAUCGAAUUUGUUGUCGAGAUUUGCGAGAAACGAGUUUAACCUCGAGUCAAAGUCCACAAUAGGAGUAGAAUUUGCAACCCGAAGUAUUCGGGUCGAUGAUAAGGUCAUCAAGGCACAGAUUUGGGACACUGCUGGGCAAGAAAGAUACCGGGCGAUUACAAGUGCAUACUACCGAGGAGCCGUUGGUGCGUUGCUCGUCUAUGACGUCACUCGACACAUCACGUUUGAGAAUGUUGAGAGAUGGUUGAAAGAACUACGGAAUCACACGGAUUCUAAUAUCGUGAUUAUGCUCGUCGGUAACAAGGCAGACCUACGACACCUGCGUGCCGUUUCCAUGGAGGACGCCAAAGCCUUUGCCGAGAAAGAAAAUACGUACUUUAUGGAGACAUCUGCCCUCGAGUCCCUGAACGUAGAGAAUGCGUUCACCGAAGUGCUGACUGAAAUCUACCAUGUCGUAAGUCGAAAAGCACUCGAAGUAGGGGAUGAUCCUGCAGCAUUGCCUAAGGGGCAAACCGUCAACGUCGGAACCAAAGACGAUGUUUCGGCCAUCAAGAAACUCGGCUGCUGUUCGGAUUAAUCGUUAUAUGAUUUCGAGUGUCGAAAAGUUUCCUCAAACUUUCUUUCUCAUUAAGAAAACCUUCCCUCGUUGUGUACUAUUAUCCUUUAAGCUUCCCCAGUUUUAACAGCAUUACCCAAGUUUUAACAGCAA